AUGGCAAAUACUUUGGGUGACGACAAGAUCCUCAGCUACAACGAUGUUGUCCUCAGGAGAUCCGAUUUAGACAUCCUAAACGAACCCAAUUUCUUAAACGAUCGCAUCAUCGAGUUCUACCUAAGCUACUUAUCCACACUCCACACUUCCCCUACCAUCUCCCUCAUCCCUCCCUCCAUUGCCUUCUAG